GGAAAGGGCGGUGCUAGGGCGCUGUCACGCGUACGCGUCGCGCGGAUCAAGAAGGAGGUGGAAGCGGGGGUGGGGAAGGGGCUGUCCGAAGGCUAGCCAAUCCUUUGGCGCGUUGUCCUCCCGGUCGACCAAUAAGGUCACGCCUCGCGCACAAUAUCUCGCGACAAGGGCGUUUCGCCAGUACGUUAGGACGAAUAGGGCGGCGUCCGGCUAUAAAACACUCGGCCCGCUCGGGCAGCCGCCAUUCUGGAGUUCGGUUAGAGGUUUGAAUUUUCUCGGAGAAAGACAGGCCGGCCACGAGGAAAACAGAAACGAGCCGCAACAACAUCUAAGCCCUUGAAAGGAUCCAGAGGGGGGAAAGGGAAAAGCGCAGCCACCAGCCCACCCACUUGUGUCUUCUGCCCUUGCCCACCUGUCUUGCCCACCCCACCAGCCCACGCUGCUUGGGACUUGAGAUCUGUGGCCGAAGGACCGUCACCACAUACUUCAAAAACAAUCAACCACCUCCCUUCCCAAACCCAGCCCAAUUUCACUCCUCCAGCGUUUACUUUUUUGCAUCCACUCAGAAUUUUUUUCUACGACCCCCCUCCCUAAAUGGAGUCGGGUGGGGGGGAAAUGAAUACUGAGUUGGCCUUUCUUUUUUAAGAGACUUUUUGAUCCAAUAAGGCCCCCUAAAUCAUUGAGUUUUGGGUCCUGGUUGGUUGUUUUAUUUUUUUCCUCCAAAUUUUGCCCCCUCCCCCCCUGAGCCCGAGGUGCUGACGUCGCAAAAAAAUUGGAUAGUAAGUGUCGAAUUUUCAAAAACCAGCCUUGCAACAAGAAAUCAACGUUUCCCGUUGUGAAACCAAAAAUAAUGAGAGGAAGAAAUGAGACCAUAGAACAAAUAUAGAGCUGGAGAAGGACCAAUCCGGUCACUUGAUCUCCAUUAAAAAGGGCCUUUGGGUCUAAACAGUCUUGUUUUCUCUCCCCUACCACCUACCUCUUCCCUGCUACGCUGCAGGCAAGGAGAGGGUGCAGGGAGGGCCAGCAAGUGAGAAUUUUGAUGGUUAACCCUUGGUAAUCCAGGCAAUUUCCAGACUGCCAAAGCAUGUGUUUGCUUUGUAUAAGGAGGAAUGGUUACCUUCCUCUGGGUAGCAGCAGUCUUCAAAAGGGUUAAUGAGCUCACAUACAAAAGAUGGUGGCUCUUGUGGCCCAGAAGUCCCACUUCUUUGUGUGUGAGACAAGCAGGGCGCCUUUCAAUUUGCCAGAUUAAUAAGCAAUCUGUACAUAAAGAUUGCAGGGUAAGGAGAUGGGCAGAGAAAAGUAAUAGCUGGCUAUGGCUUUUAAAUAAUUGUUAAAUCCUCUCAGUUGUAAUGUAAUUUGAUUGGGGUAUAUUGUGUGUUAAAAGGUGGCAAUCUAGGAAUAAAGAUUGCAAGACACGUAAUUUAGGACAAAAUAUAUCAAUACAUAACAAGAUAAUCGGGAGGUAAUGUCUUGUAAUUGUUGCAGAUUGCAUAGGUUAUUUAAAAGCAAAGUGAUUAACAUUUUAACUUGAUACUUUUAUGGUUGGGGGUAUAGUUAAAAUAGAGGGCGGAAAGGUUGGGAAAUGUGGAAUUCAGGAAUAUAAUUUUAAAAGCCAUUUAGUGCAAUUGAAUGCUAGCUUUCUAAAAGAUUUGUGUCGUUAAAAGGAAUUUUUUCUUCCCUGCUUCAAUAUGGCGACUUUCCUUGUCCUUUGUCUUCCAAGCGGCGUUGCAGGUUGUGUCUUGACCCGUUUUUCUCUUGUCCUCCCAUCUCAACCCUAUUUGUUAAGGGGGGGCCAAGUCCUCCCCCUUCCCUGUGUAGGGUGGAUGGGGGUGGUCGAUGGUAGCAAUUGAACUUCAGUUGCAAUUCAAUUCUUCCCCGUAGAAAAUGGUUCUGGAGAUACUUUAAUUGCUUUUAUUUUCUUUACGCGAAUUCAGAAUAAGUCAGAUUAUGCAGCAUGGGGGCGGGCUUCGCUUUUUUCCUUUUUCCUUUCUUUUUAGAAGUGUUUUGUAAUGUAAUUGUAGCUACCGGCAGAGCCCUGCCGAGCGCUUUUUGAGUUGAGUCCUCGUCUCUACAAAAUGGCCUCCUCCUUUGUUGUUUUCUCUCCCUUUGCCAUCUUGAGCUGGGGGCCGCCCCCGCCCUUGGUGGAGGGAGGGCCGCCGUGAGUGGUGAUGUAAUCGCCUCCCUCUCCGCGCCCUCGACUCCACCCCUCGGCUCUGCCGCUCUUUCAGCCUCCCUGUGCGCCUUGCAGUUAGGGAGAAGACAUUUUCCUCGUUUUGAUGUAAUCUCUUAAAAGCCUUUCUCUUAAAGGGAUAAAGCUUGUGAGAAUUAGGCUUCCUGGCUGACCCUGUCCUCGAGUGGCUCCAGUUUUUAAUGUUUUAACAACCAGUCUGUUGCUUUUUAUUUUAAUCUUGCACUCAUCACCUCUGCUUUGGAAGUGUACCCCACUUCCGUUGCCCAGGGCUAAAACCAGUCAGACCUCAAUUGUACCUGAAGGCUGGGGGGGCCUUUGGAGGGGGUGUGUGUGUUGUAGGAGACUGAGGAAAGGGUUGUAACUUAGAGACAAUCGGGGCCUAACGACGCUGAGCUGUGACAUUGCUGCUUGGGAACUAGGCCUCCAGCCUCCUGCUUGGGGUUGCUUUGUGUUGAGACUGGAGGGAGAGGGAGUACUUUGAGAACUUUCUCCUAAGUCACCCUUCCUGCCACCUCUCGUUGGGGGUAAGCUCUUCUGUGUCCAGUGCUCUGUCACGUUCUCCAGUGCUUACCGUACAUUGGUGCUAGAGGAGAAGUGAAUCUUUAGGAAAGGAGGCGGCAGGUGUAAACUCAAGGCAGGGGGAAGCAAGCUACGGUUUCUGAAACGAAGAUCAUGGGUUCUGGUCCUAUAGACCCCAAAGAGCUUCUGAAGGGCCUGGACAGCUUCCUAAACCGAGAUGGGGAAGUCAAGAGUGUGGAUGGGAUUUCCAAGAUCUUCAGUCUAAUGAAAGAAGCGAGAAAGAUGGUGAGUCGGUGCACCUACUUGAACAUCCUGCUCCAAACCCGGACGUCUGAAAUACUGAUCAAGUUUAUUGACGUAGGCGGCUACAAGCUUCUGAACAACUGGCUGACAUAUUCCAAGACGACCAACAACGUUCCCCUCCUCCAGCAGAUCCUGAUGACGCUCCAGCACCUGCCACUCACUGUGGACCAUCUCAAGCAGAACAACACAGCCAAGCUGGUGAAGCAGCUGAGCAAGUCAAGUGAGGAUGAAGAGCUGCGGAAACUGGCCUCUGUCCUGGUCAGCGACUGGAUGGCUGUCAUCCGCUCCCAGAGCAGCGCGCAGCCUGCUGAAAAAGAUAAAAAGAAACGCAAAGAAGAGGGAAAGAGUCGAACCACGCCUCCUGAGCGCCCCCUGGCGGAGGUGAAGCCCGAGGCCCGAGCUGAGGAGACGCCCGAGAAAAAGAAGGAGAAGCCCAAGUCUCUGCGGACCACCGCCCCCAGCCACGCCAAGUUCCGCUCCACCGGACUCGAGCUGGACACGCCGUCCCUGGUGCCUGUGAAGAAGAACGCCAGCGCCGUGGUUGUCUCGGACAAGUACAACCUCAAGCCCAUCCCCCUGAAGCGCCAGAGUGCCACAGCUGCGCCGGGAGACGUGGCUCCCCCUGCAGAGAAGAAGUACAAGCCCCUCAACACGACCCCCAACGCCACCAAGGAGAUCAAAGUGAAGAUCAUCCCACCGCAGCCUAUGGAGGGCCUGGGCUUUCUGGACGCUCUCAAUUCAGCUCCUGUCCCAGGCAUCAAAAUCAAGAAGAAGAAGAAGGUGCUGUCCCCGACCGCUGCCAAGCCCAGCCCCUUUGAGGGGAAGACGAGCACGGAGCCCAGCACGGCCAAACCUUCGUCCCCAGAGCCGGCCCCGCCCUCCGAGGCCAUGGACGUGGACCGGCCCGGCACCCCGGUGCCGCCCGUGGAAGUCCCGGAGCUCAUGGACACGGCCUCUUUGGAGCCGGGAGCCCUGGACGCCCGGCCGGUGGAGAGCCCCGGGGAGCCCGGGCAGCUGACCCGCAAGGGCAGGAAGAGGAAGACGGUGACAUGGCCCGAGGAGGCCAAGCUGAGGGAGUAUUUCUACUUCGAGCUGGACGAGACCGAGCGGGUAAACGUGAAUAAAAUCAAGGACUUCGGUGAGGCGGCCAAGAGAGAGAUUCUUUCAGACCGACACGCAUUCGAGACGGCCCGGCGGCUGAGCCAUGACAACAUGGAAGAGAAGGUGCCCUGGGUGUGCCCCCGCCUGCUGGCGCUGCCCUCGCCCCUCGUCAUCCCCGGAAGCAACAGCCAGGAGCGCUACAUCCAGGCCGAGCGGGAGAAGGGCAUCCUUCAGGAGCUCUUCCUGAACAAGGAGAGCCCGCACGAGCCCGACCCUGAGCCCUACGAGCCCAUUCCCCCGAAGCUCAUCCCCCUGGACGAGGAGUGUUCCAUGGACGAGACCCCCUACGCUGAGGCACUGGAGCCCGGGGGCCCGGGCGGCUCUCCCGACGGCGCGGCCGGCUCCAAGCUGCCUCCAGUGCUGGCCAACCUGAUGGGCAGCAUGGGCGCGGGGAAGAGUCCCCAGGGCCCCGGCGGAGGCGGCAUCAACGUGCAGGAGAUCCUCACGUCCAUCAUGGGCAGCCCCAGCAGCCAGCCCUCGGAGGAGCUGCUGAAGCAGCCGGACUACUCGGACAAGCUCAAGCAAAUGCUGGUACCACACGGACUCCUCGGUCCUGGACCCAUAGCCAAUGGCUUCCCACCCGGAGGCCCUGGGGCCCCCAAAGGGAUGCAGCACUUUCCCCCUGGGCCUGGGGGGCCCAUGCCAGGUCCCCAUGGAGGCCCUGGUGGACCAGUGGGUCCACGUCUCCUGGGUCCCCCCCCACCUCCCCGCGGGGGUGAUCCCUUCUGGGACGGCCCAGGGGACCCCAUGCGGGGUGGCCCGAUGCGAGGGGGGCCCGGGCCUGGUCCUGGACCAUACCAUCGAGGCCGAGGUGGCCGAGGAGGAAACGAGCCCCCUCCACCGCCUCCUCCAUUCCGAGGGGCCCGAGGAGGUCGAUCUGGAGCAGGACCCCCAAAUGGACGAGGGGGCCCCGGCGGCGGCAUGGUUGGAGGUGCCGGGCAUCGGCCUCAUGAAGGCCCCGGUGGGGGCAUGAGCAGCAGCAGUGGACAUCGGCCCCACGAAGGCCCUGGCGGAGGCAUGGGCAGUGGCGGUGGACAUCGGCCCCACGAAGGCCCUGGCGGAGGCAUGGGCAGUGGACAUCGGCCCCAUGAAAGCCCCAGUGGGGGCAUGGGUGGCAGUGGACAUCGGCCCCAUGAAGGCCCUGGCGGUGGCAUGGGCGGAAGUGGACAUCGGCCUCAUGAAGGCCCUGGACACGGAGGGCCCCAUGGUCACAGGCCACACGAUGUCCCUGGUCACCGAGGCCAUGACCACCGGGGACCACCUCCUCACGAGCACCGUGGCCAUGAUGGUCCUGGCCACGGGGGAGGGGGCCACCGUGGGCACGACGGAGGCCACAGCCAUGGAGGAGACAUGUCGAACCGCCCCGUCUGCCGACACUUCAUGAUGAAGGGGAACUGCCGCUACGAGAACAACUGUGCCUUCUACCACCCGGGGGUUAACGGGCCGCCCCUGCCCUAGGGCCCGUGCACCCUGGGCCGCAGCCUUGCCCCUUCACCUGUUAUGGCUUCUGUGAGGCCCGUUUCCCGUGCCCCAGCUGGCGAGGAGCCGGCCCCUGGGGUCCCGCCUGCGUGGGUCCGGGUUUCUGCUCACUGGUGUGCGUCAGUGUACAUGCUCCCCUCCAUUCUGGGGAGGUGAGACUGGCCGCGUCCUGGACUCUGGACUGCUGACGAGGAGGCCCAGCUGGCUUCACUUUGGGAUCCCCCCAUUGCCCGAGAACCUAGAGCCGGCACCGGCUUCACCCCGCCCGCCAUCGUGGGUCCUCACAUGCACAGACUGACGUGGGACCCGCUGCGCCGGGGUCACCCGUGUCCCUCCGGGGCUGGGAAUGGGAGGGGUGCCGUACACCCCACUGCACUGAGGGCUCGACCAGGCUGGGUCUGAGCUCAGAAACCGUCGUCCCCGCACCUGCCGCCACAAGCCCUGGCCCUGAGCCCCGACCCCGUCGAGCCUGCACCUGUCAACUGUCUCAUCUUCAGGGUUUGAUGAUGGCAAAUUCCUGUCUGCAAUGGUGAGCGUGUGGGGCUGCCCUCGCCUCUGGCCAUCCUGGACACUUCAUAGGACAUUUGGGGACCCGCCUUCCGUCAGCUCAGGCCGAACGCUGGGCUGACGGUCACACUCCACACGCUGUCCAUGGGGCCAGCCGCUCCUGUCCCGUCCUCUCCUGCCCGUUGGCAUCAGUUGUUUUCUAUGAAAACAGUAAAUUGGUUGGGUUUUGUGCAGGGUCUUGGGUUAGAACCACAAUGGAUUUGAGGAUGAAUAUUUUCUUUUUCUUUUGGUUUUGUAUAUUUUGUACAUUAAUAAACAGUGGAAAGAGAAGCAUCUUAUUUAA